AGAGGACUGGGAGAAAGGCGCACGCAGGUGGAAGUUGACCAUGGCACUACAGCUGUAACGCCGGUUUACAACUUUUUUUGAAUUAUUUUUUUUUUACAAGUUUGGAGUUUUGUUGCUUAAUCGGAAUGGAAAGACCUCCUAUGCAUCAUCCGGACAGGAAAGAACCCCAGCAAGAGAGAAUGAAGUAACCGCUAUGGAGACGGACAAUGUCCCGCACUCCGAACUCAAAGGAGUCGGGGGGAGAGUCCUGAUUCUUUGGACCAUAUUGUGUUGCACCUGCUCAUUCAGACUGGCACAGGCACAAGAUGUAGAUAUUCUUCAGCAGCUGGGUCUCACUGUGCAAAGGGCAGGCGGGGGGUCAACACCGUGGCGCUCUCGAUCCAUCCCUAACGGCAUCAUCCCCUUCAAGUCUGGCAUCAUACUCACCCCCAGGGCACGCAUCCAGGUCCCUCUGAGCACCGUCAUUCCCGCUUCCUACACCUCCACCGCCAAUCUCUCCCUGAUUCUCUGUCUGUCUGUUCACCGCAUCAACAGUGCCUUUCUUUUCUCUGUUGUGUCCAAGAGAAGAAAAGUACAGCUUGGUGUGCAGUUCAUACCGGGUCAGGUCCUGGUCCACGUGGGCCACAGGAACUCUGUCACAUUCGACUAUGAUGUUCACGAUGGCCGGUGGCACAGUCUGGGCUUGGAAAUCCGAGGACUCCGAGUGACCUUAUACACCUCUUGUGGGAACAGAAGUCUUCAUGCAUAUUUGCAUACCAAGAAAGAGGAGAUGCUGGAUCUGGAGGGCUCAUUCCUACUGGGCAAAACCAACCACAAUGCGGUGCCAUUUGAAGGUGCCAUUUGCCAGUUUGACAUUUAUCCGUCGGCUGAGGCUGCUCAGAACUAUUGUGAUUACAUUAAGAAACAUUGCAGAGAAGCUGACACAUACCGGCCUAUUUUGGCACCCCUGCUACCUCUAGUAACGACAGACCCAAACAUGACUCAUAUAACUGCACUGGCAUCAACAGAGUUAUCUUUAAAGAUCCCGAAUCCUACUUCACGACCAGCUCAGGAACCCAUUAUUGCGUGGAAUGAUACAUCAGUGCAAGAGGACCAUGCAGGGUUUGAAAAACCGUUAAAGUCUCAAACUGUAACGACACCCCUUUGGAUCAGUGCAACUCCACCUCAACAGAAACAACCUUUCCAAGCAGCAGACAACACAACACAAAGCAAUAGCAGCACUCUUGUUGGGAAAGGAUUAACAGAUUUACCAUCCUCUACAAGACCAUCAGAGACCACAGUCCAGACCACCACUGACUCCCCUUCCACAUCCUACCUUCUUCAGAAUGAACACACAGGAACUGCAAAGAAACCCAACCCCAAAAGAACUCAGGAUGUCAAAACCACACCGAUUACUCCCAUCACUCCUGCAGCCUUAGAUGACUUGCAAACGUUUGACCUGGACCCGACCUACGUCUCCCUGCUGGCGUUACCCCCUGGACUUAAGGGAGAACGAGGACCUCCGGGUUUUCAAGGACUUCCGGGAAUGCCAGGAAAGCAAGGAAAGAGGGGACCACGGGGUCCAGUUGGCCCACAUGGAAACCCUGGUCGGCCUGGCCCUCCUGGAAUGAAGGGACAAAAAGGUGAUCCCGGUGUGUCCCUUGGUGAAGCCCCAAAAGGACAAAAAGGAGAGCCUGGUGUCACAGGCCUCGUUGGACCGCCUGGCCAACAUGGGCGAAAGGGACAAAAAGGUCAUCCUGGUCCUGCUGGUCUGCCUGGUGAACCUGGGGAAAGGGGUGCUGACGGAAACCUCGGGGUCAAAGGUUAUCCUGGCAGGCAGGGUUUACCCGGGCCUGUAGGCCAACCAGGGCCAAAAGGAGUUGAGGGGCACAUUGGCCUCCCUGGGUUCUAUGGCCUUCCUGGUCCUGAUGGAGAGAGAGGAAUUCCGGGCGUUCAUGGGAAGAAGGGCGAGAUGGGUAGGCCGGGGUUUCCUGGCGACUUUGGAGAGAGAGGACCACCUGGUCCGGAUGGCAACCCUGGUGACCUUGGAGCUCCUGGCCCAUGUGGAGUCCCUGGUCUUCUUGGCGACAUGGGCCCUGUUGGUGAUAUGGGCUUACCAGGAACUCCAGGACUCAUGGGAGUACCUGGAAACCUUGGUGAACCAGGACUGAAAGGUGAUAAGGGGGAUAUUGGCUUGCCAGGAGAGCCAGGUGAGGGGGGCUUCAAAGGUGACAAGGGCAUGCAGGGGUCACCCGGGCCAACAGGACCUUUUGGAAAUCCAGGACUACAGGGUCAACCUGGUGAAAGAGGCCCUGAUGGUUCAGCCGGCCCUCCUGGCCUUGAGGGUUUCCCUGGUGACAUUGGCCCACCAGGUCAAAAUGGCCCGAAAGGACCAAAGGGGAAGCAAGGAACUCGAGGUUUGCCUGGGCCACAAGGAACAUCUGGACUACAGGGGGAUGAGGGGCCGGUUGGACCAGCUGGGCCACCAGGACAUGAGGGCAGGCCUGGGAGGCAAGGAUUCCCCGGAAUUACAGGCCCAGACGGACUCAAGGGUGAGACAGGGAUAACCGGAGAGGUUGGGAAUCUUGGCGACAGGGGUCUGCCUGGCUUCAUCGGGGCUGCCGGGGAGAUGGGCCUUGCCGGAGAAAUGGGUGAUCGUGGGAAGACAGGUACUCCCGGGCCUCCAGGGGAAACAGGGCUGAUGGGUCACACUGGAAUACCUGGAGAGACGGGGCCACCAGGGACACAAGGGAUCCCAGGACCUCCAGGCUUGAGGGGAUCAAGUGGAGUCAGAGGAUCCAAAGGCAUGGAGGGUCCGAGGGGUCCUGACGGUGCACUGGGGGUAGACGGGGCCGCUGGACUGAAGAUCUAUUCUUUGCAGGGCCCUGAUGGUCCGCCAGGAAAGUCAGGCCUCCCUGGUGAUAUGGGAAAGCUCGGCGAGCCCGGUGAAGCUGGGCAGACAGGAUUUCCAGGUGUCCAAGGGCCCUCCGGCCCACCAGGGGGGAAAGGAAUUGCUGGGGACACAGGAGCAACAGGACCUACAGGCUUGAGUGGCCCAACGGGGGACAUGGGACCAACUGGGUUACCCGGAAAGACUGGCGAGAGAGGACUGUCUGGUGAAUCUGGAGAGAAAGGUGACAUAGGUGCACUUGGCAACACAGGACAGCAGGGUUUAACUGGCCAGAGAGGUGAAGAAGGAAUGGAUGGAGAGGCUGGGCCAAGUGGACCUGAUGGUAUUAAGGGUGAAAAGGGUGAUUCUGGUCCGGAGGGUUCCAAAGGAGAAACAGGUGAAAUGGGCCACAAAGGGGAGGAAGGACCCAGUGGGCCUCCAGGUCUGUCAGGAGUGAGGGGUCAAGAGGGUAAACCAGGCAAAGUUGGUGAAAGAGGAAAACCAGGAGGCAAGGGGACAAAAGGUCACCAAGGUCACCUGGGAGAAAGUGGGCCAGUCGGUAAACAUGGGCCGCUAGGGUUUGUUGGACUGAAGGGAGCAAGAGGGGCGAUUGGACCCGUGGGUGCUCCUGGAAGAAUGGGCCAACAGGGAAACCCGGGAAUAUCAGGCUAUGAGGGUCACAGAGGACUGCAAGGAUCACAAGGACCACCUGGACCUAAAGGUGAAAAGGGUGAACAGGGGGAGGACAGCAAAGUCGAAGGUCCACCAGGUCGCCAAGGUGACAGAGGUCCUCCUGGGAACAGAGGUGAUAGAGGAGAGGCAGGUGACCCCGGAUAUAUUGGUCUGGUAGGUGUUGAUGGAGAUAGAGGUAGACCUGGUGCCUCCGGACUUCCUGGACAUCCUGGGCCCAAAGGACAGCAAGGACUGAAAGGGUCCCAAGGUGAACAAGGACAGAAAGGAAAAUCUGGGGUGAGAGGAACACCCGGGACCAAAGGACCACCAGGUCCAGAAGGACCCUCUGGCCCACGAGGCAUUACUGGCAAGGAGGGUCCCCAGGGGCUUCCUGGAAUGGAUGGACUGCCUGGUAAAGAUGGAAGCAAAGGCACUAAGGGUGAGCAGGGAGAGGAUGGAGAAGUGGGCUUAGACGGGAAACCUGGGCAGCAGGGUAAAAAUGGUGAGACGGGGCUUCCUGGUGAUCAAGGCUCCCUUGGACCAAAGGGUGAAAGUGGUCUCCCGGGCCAAACUGGAAAUCCUGGGAAGAGAGGGGCCCUUGGUGGAAUGGGCUUGAUGGGAGUACAAGGAACUAAAGGCUCCAAAGGACAACCAGGUGACAUUGGCGAACGAGGAUUUCCAGGGGUGUUAGGUCUUUUUGGGCCAAAGGGACCCCAAGGAGAAAUGGGUCCAGCAGGCAUUCUGGGACCAAGAGGACCCAGAGGACUGAUGGGAAUGGAAGGAGCUUUGGGCCCUGUUGGCAUCAUCGGCCCCAUCGGCCAUCCUGGACUACAAGGUGACAAAGGAAGUCGAGGGGAGACGGGGUUUCCAGGACCAAGGGGCUCUCCAGGUCCUCGUGGACCACCAGGACCACCAGGUCACCCCAGUUCUACUGUUUCUCUUAAAAGUGAGGCCCUUGGUGCUGCUUUUCAAGUCAUCAUUGAUUCCCAUGCUGCAUUGAGGCCAGAGCUGAAUUACCAGAAUAUGGCGCUUCCCAUGCUGGACCAGGGCACAGAGAUCUUCAGGACUUUGCAGCAUCUCAGCACUCUAAUCCACAGUCUUAAGAACCCGCUGGGGACCCGCAACAAUCCUGCCCGGAUCUGCAGAGACCUCUACAACUGUGAGCAAAGGAUGUAUGAUGCCACUUACUGGGUCGACCCAAACCUCGGCUGUGCCGCAGACUCUGUUGAGGUGACAUGCAACUUCACUGCUGGAGGACAGACUUGCCUGAAACCUGUCACUGUGUCCAAGGUUGUAAUACAUUUCAUAUUUAACCAAUGCCAUUUGAGGUAUAAGUCAAUGCACGGUGAAGAGAAACUGUGGCUCAACAAGCGUGCAACCAACAGAGAAAUACAUUCAGGUUUAAAUCCUCUGAUUUUACAGCUGGAGAUGGGAGUGAGUCGCAUCCAGAUGAACUUCAUCCACCUCUUGAGCACAGAGGCUGUUCAGCACAUCACGGUCCACUGCUUUAACACACCUGUGUGGGCUGCAGGACCCUCACUGCGAGUCUGCAGUCAGGCUUUGAGCUUUAAGACCUGGACAGGGGAGAAGAUCCAAGCAGGCGAUCUUCUGGAACCACUUGUACCCCGAGACGACUGCUGGAUUAAAGAUGGCCGCUGGCGUCAGACCCAUUUUGUGUUUCAUACUCAGGAGCCAAAUCUGCUCCCCAUCGUGGAUGUGUCCAACCUGCCAACCACAGAGCCUGGAUCACGCUAUCACCUUGAGGUUGGACCAGCAUGCUUCCUAUAGAGCUCUAAGAGGCUUUUGACUGUGGACUAUGGGGACUUGCAUUGACUCUCCCAAAGAUUAUGCUUGGACUGCAGAAACAAGAGCGGCAAUAUUGAAGACUUCUGGCACUGAUCCGCCUUUGGAAUAAAAUGACUGUGUUUCCUCACUAGAGACUUGUUUGCUAUCCAAGCUCUGAAUUCCAUGGAUGGAAAUAAUAUGAACAUUUCAUUGUUUUGGCUUUGACCAUCAAACUCUCUUGUACAAAAAUAAUGAAGGUACAUUUAUUAAUACAAUAUUAGUUGAAUGUAUUAUUUAUAUUUGUGUAUGUACUGUAUGUUAAAUAUAAAGUGCAAUAGCUGUUACCGUGUGCCUCAUAUCACUCAUUCAGGUCCUAUGUGCAGAGAUCCCAGCUUCAGAUGUCUUCACACAUAGACCUAAGUGUGAAGGUACUACCUCGUACUGCGACUCUCCUCUCACAGUGCUCCAUGUGCAGUACAUUCACUGGCAACUGCAUUGGGUACACAUCCACACUCUAAUACAAUCCAAUGAGAGAUUAACUGGAUAUACAUAUAAAUUCACUCAGAAAGAUAAUCAGCUUUGAGUGACACUGUCAGAGAUGAGUUUGUAAUAUUUUGCAAUAUUAAUUUACACACAAUGCAGUGCAUGCACUGCAAAGUACAACCACAAUCAUAAUUUUUUUUUAAAUAUCCAUCAAAUGGAAAUUCAGAUUCCUCACAAAUGUGGAGCAGGUCGAAUUCGAUCGAGCAGCUGUACCUAAUGUUGAGGCCGGUGUAUGAAAAGGAGGUGAUACCUGGUGCUGCAAGUUUUCUGUACUUAAAAGAAAUACUCGACAAUAUAAACAGGCUGGCCAAACUCUGUUCAAUAAAUGAUAUUUUUAAAAAUGUA